UGUCUAAUUCAAAACGUCAAUUUUUUAUUUGUUUUGGUUUCUUAUCAAUAAUAGGAUUUGAUAAGAAAAAUAUGUUGAAAAAGUAAUUUCAAUUGUAAAAGUGAAUACAGUAGUUUAACUCUUCAUAACUUGCCACUUGGACAAUUGCAAGUUUUACUUAACUAUUUUCUUAAGAUGAGCAGCAGCCAUCAAUAUCUCAAAGCUUCGACAUCGAAAUCGUUGACUCGGCUUGGAGAUAUUGAACAUCUGGCCCAACUUUCCGAAAACCUCUCCAGUCUGUGCUUAAACCAAGAAUAUUCCGAUGUCACUUUAAUUGUUGAGGGUCAAAAACUAUAUGCCCAUAAGGUUAUAUUGGCUUCGAGAAGUGAAUAUUUUAGGGCAUUGCUUUAUGGGGGGCUAAAAGAGUCCCAUCAGCCUGAAAUACUUUUACCAGAUGCUCCUUUAAAUGCAUUUAAAAUAUUGUUGAAAUAUAUUUACACAGGUCAUAUGUUUCUCAUGACCCUUAAAGAAGAGGUAAUAUUGGACACUUUAGGUUUGGCACAUCAGUACGGAUUUAAGGAGCUCGAAUCUGCUAUAUCAGAUAUUCUGAAGCAACUAUUGGCUUUGAGAAAUGUUUGUGCUAUCUUAGAUACCGCUCAUCUGUAUGGCUUGGAAAAACUUGUGCAGGUGUGCCACACUUUCCUAGACAGGCAUGCCUCAGAGAUUUUAGCCGAUGAUACUUUCAUUAACUUAUCACAGGUGGCUUUAGUAGAAUUGCUGCAAAGGGACUCCUUUUGUGUUCCAGAAGUCGAGAUUUUUAAGGGAGUUUGCAAUUGGUGCAAGGUCAAUAAUGAUAUUGAUGAUAAAGCAAUGAAAUGUGUAAGGUUGCCUCUGAUGAAUGUUGCUGAUUUGUUAUCUGUGGUGAGACCCGCAGGACUAGUUAAACCUGACGCAUUACUAGAUGCCAUUGCCGAAAGAACUAAUUGCAUAAUUAGUAAUUUGCCACACAGAGGACUUUUAAUGCAAGACGAAAACGUGGCGAGUCCAAGAAUGGGUGCCAAAGUAGUAGCUGGCGAAUUAUCCCAAUACCUACUGGACGGAGACGAUUUCAGUUACGACAUGGACAAAGGUUACACGAGACACGCCAUUAGCGGUCAUAUGGAUCAAGGGAUCAUCAUAAAACUGGGCGUUCCCUCGAUUAUCAAUCACAUCAGGAUGCUGCUGUGGGACCGGGAUAUCCGGUCGUAUUCGUACUACGUAGACGUCUCGAUGGAACAAAAAGACUGGCUUAGGGUGGUCGAUUAUAGUCAGUUUUGUUGCAGAUCCUGGCAAGAAUUGUAUUUUCCCACCAGGGUUGUACAGUACAUUAGGGUGGUUGGAACUAAUAAUACUGUCAAUAAGGUGUUCCAUUUGGUGACGUUCGAAUGUAUGUUCAAAAAAAAGAUCCCUGUAAUGGUCAACGAUAUUAUUUGUCCCAAUUAUAACGUGGCCACCUUGGAUAAAAGUGCGGUGGUUAUAGAGGGUGUGAGUCGUGCCAGAAAUGCUCUUUUGAACGGGGAUACCAAGCAGUACGACUGGGAUUCUGGAUACACUUGUCAUCAGUUAGGUUCCGGAUCUAUACUUAUACAAUUAGGUCAACCCUAUAUAAUCUCUAGCCUCAGGUUGUUACUGUGGGACUGUGACGACAGGAGUUACAGUUACUACAUAGAAUCUUCGGUGAACAUAUGGGAGUGGGAAAUGGUCGUUGAUAAUACCAGGGAAAGUUGUAAAUCUUGGCAAGUGAUUCGGUUUCCGCCCAGACCGGUGGUUUUUAUUCGGAUUGUCGGCACGCAUAAUACGGCAAACGAGGUGUUUCACUGCGUCCACUUCGAAUGCCCCUCCUGUGAAGACGCAGGUGGGCAAGUCUGUUCGGUCACACUAUCAGUCGCCAACAAAAGCAAAGAAAUCGCUGCUGCUGGUGCGAGCACUAGCACGAGCGCGAUCGACGACCACGCCCAGUUCGCCGAAACCGCUACCGAAGCCGAAGAAGAGAUUAACGUAACGAAUAGCAAUCAGCACUAGUUUAUCAGUGAAUUAUUUUUAUUUUUUUUUUGUCAAUUUAUUGACUGAUUUUUUUGUUAUUAGUGGGUAAGUCGAGGAGGACCUUCUACGAUGACUUAGUGAGAUCGAUAUUUUUUUAUUAUUAAGAUGUACAUGUUAUUUUGUAAUAGUGGUUUUUAGGGUUUAAUGGCAAAAAGCAAAACUAGUUUUAUUUUGCGACGACUGUAUUUGUUCGAAUUAUGAAAUUGCAUAGAAUCUAAGAUUAUUGUCACGGGCGUACUUUGUAGGUAAUUUAUUGUCUGAAGCGUUAUUUUUUUAAUAUAAAUCUGCACGUUUAAUUGA